ACGGUCUGUUUGAUUUCCAUUUUCCACUAACCAACACGGUCGUUGAGGCAAGUAGAGACGAAAAACCACUUAUGUCGCUAAUACCCAACGAGUGAUUCAAAGAUCAUCACUCGGUACUGUGUGGAAUAUGAGGAUUUUUAAUAUAAUCAUGCAAUUUCUCACGGAGAUUAUUGGCCGCCAUCGCAUAAAAGCUGAAAAUCGUAUAUACGUACGUAAGUGUAUGAAAAUGUAUUACAGUGAAAGUGUUCCAUCAUGCGUUUCGUGUAGGAUAUUCACCUGAUCAUAAUUUUGACACAAAUUAUACUAUAAUGGAUUAGCGUGUGUCGCAAUUAAAAAAAAUGUCUAAGAACAUUAGAGAAAAAUUAAAAAGAUCCUUGGUACAAUUUCAACUUAAUCAAAAUAAAACCAUGUAAUAAAAUGAGGGCUGGCAGGUCAACAGUGCUAACAGCUCCACUUUUGUACAAUAGCAGCUGCUGGCAUCCACGUAUCUACACCAACGGUCUAUUAUUUCGCAUAACCGUAUCGGGUAUUACGGAGAGUGCAUUCGUUUCGUUACUCACAGUGGCCAUACUCGUCGCUAAUCUUAUGGUGAUAGUCACAAUCAACAGCGACAGAUAUACGAAAUUUAUACAUCCACAGCCUCGGUAUUUGGUGACAUCGCUCGCAUGCAAUGACUUAGCCAUUGGACUGUUAGUUACACCGUUGGCCGCUUUUUCAGCUCUUGUCCAUUGUUGGCCAUAUUCGGAAAUCGUAUGUCAAAUUCAAGCUCUUUUAAGGGCAGCUUUGCCGCAACAAAAUGCUAUGAUAUUAGUGUUCAUGGCAGUCGAUAGAUAUACAUGUAUGUUGCACCCAGAUAAAUAUCACAAACAUUCGAGCAAAAAAGGCUGUAUGUUGGUGUUGAGUUUGACUCUAGUGGGUUCGUUAACCGCAUUCGGUGCGGCAGUAAUCCGCCGAGGUGGAUAUUUUUAUAACGGCAAUGGAUUAAUGGCGUGCGAGCCGUUUUAUCAAAGGCCGAGUUUGCGAAUAUUGGCCGCCUGCCUGUUUUACUUCCCCACAACAAUGGCACUCAUGUAUUUCUACGGGUCGGCAUUGCACGUGGACAGGCUCCGGCACAGGCAACAAAUCAACAUAUGUGCCGUUCUAGUGCAACCAAUAUUACCCAACAGCGCUGGAAAGAACACUGUCGAUGAAGCAUCUGAUCGAUUAGCAUCGAAAGAACUGAGACAAAGCAUACGAACUACCAGGGCUAUGGGAGCAGUUGCAUUAGGCUUUAUAGUAGCCGUAACACCUUGGACAAUUCAAGAAGUUGUGACUGCGUGUACAGGUACAAAAAUGCCCCCAGCUGUAGAUUUCAUAAUUACGUGGAUAGCACUAAGCAAUAGCUUUUGGAAUCCAUUCAUAUACUGGGCUUUGAAUCGAAAGUUCAGACGUAUCAGCCGUAACAUAAUCAAAACCAAAAUUUUUCGGCGUAAAAAAUAUAGCUCUAGUGUGAUAUCAUCGUCUUGCAAUGUUGGACAUCAGGAAAGUUGUUGUGCCAAUAGAGACAUGUGUUUUGCAGCCCUCCAGAAAGACAACGAGGAUAUUAUCGAGGUGGACAGGCAGUCAUUAGGAUCUCAAGACAGAGGAGGAUUUCCUCCGACGCCACCCCCGCCGCCUCCUUAUCAUAGAGGAGACAUACAACAUUGUCAUUCAAGAAGAUACUGAUAAUAAUAAAAAAAAAAAAUGAAUAAGUUGUAAUAAUUUAUUAGGUACCUUACUCAAGUUGAUCAAUCAAAUAACUGUACAUAUAAGUGUAUAGAAUUAUAGAUAGAGCGAUUUAAGAAUGGUCACUGUACAAUUAUGAAUCAUAUAAUAAAUUAUAAUCGAUCGUUUAACAGGGUGGCUCUAAAUAUAAUAUAGAGGUUUUUACAACUUCAGAAUAUCUAAUAUAAUAUGAAAUUUGUUUUAGUUUUAAAUAUCUACGUAUAUUAAACUGAAUCCAAUUAUAUUUAAACAUACUAGAUUAGAUUUUUAAGUAUUUAUAAAUAGUAGGUAUAUGCAAUAGAUCUACUCAUUGAUUCAUACUGAUUAAUUGAAUGUGAUAAACACAUAGCGUAAUUUUAUGAAAGCUUUUUUAAAUUUUUAAAUAUAAUUUAAUUAACUUUAAAUCACUUCUUGUGUAAAACUUCUUUAUAGUUUAUAUAACCUUUAAAAAUUCAUUAGCCACACACAGUUAACUUUAACUCCAAUAUAUAUAUAUAUAUAUAUAUUUUAAACCAAUUACAUCUCAACGUAGGAAAAACAUUUUAGUCGUAAUUAAACAUAACGACGGUAAUUUUGCUAUUAAAGCUUUCUUUACCAUCAUAAUUAUACACCUAUUUAAUUUUAAAAGAUUUUAGAAAGUUCAUUAAUAUUUUGAUAUUAUAUAUUUGAAUAUAUCAAAAAAUAAAACAUUUUAUAGUUAAGAAAAUAAUAUAAUUUAUAGUAUAAUUAUAGACUAUAGUAUAAGAAUAUUAAAUAUGACUAACACAGUACUUAUAAAUUUACAAAUAUUCUGAAAUAAUGGGUAUCUUAUAAAAACCAAUUAGUAAGUUAGAUAACUAUAAACAACCGAAUGGCAAAAAUUUAAUUUGCAAUAAUAACUAAAGAUUUUUAGUUUAAUUUAAUCAUACUAAUUAAAUACCUACCAACCAACUUCCAUUUUAUAAAUUGGUUUUUUUUUAAUUCUAUAGCACUAUAAUAAAUACCUUAAAAUGAUGUCAACUAUAGAAUGUAUAUAAUACAAUGUUUACAAUCACACUCACAAAACUGAGAAAAUAUGACAACUUCAAGAAUAUGACUUACAGCACUUACUCAUAUAUUCUUCUCAAUCUUCUUCAAUAUUUAUAACUAAUGUAAAUAAUAUAUGAUAUAGGAUUUUGUUAUUUACAUUUUACACAUUCAUAAUCUCUUGAAAAAAAAAUAGAAGAAUACUUGACG